GAACUUCACCCUUUGCAUGUUUUCCUUUGGCAAUAGAGCACUUUUACCAACGUUACGUUAGCGAUACAAGGCCUGUGUGUGACAUCUGCGUGCUUUUUGUAGAUUUGGGCGACUGGAGAUAAUUUAUCUGGUUCACGGUUAUUGGAUUUUUUUAUGCACUGUGGAUGAUUCGGCCUUGAGACAGUGACAUGCAGGGAACAGAAGGGGCAUUAGGAGGUCCUGAUGUCAGAAGGAGGAUACCCAUCAAGCUUCUCCCUAAACAGGCUAGAAAAAGCUUUGCCUACAAGCAGGAGGAGAGGUUUGACUGUGGGGUAAAGGCUGGAGAUGCUUAUGCUAGCACAAGGCGAUACCCUCAGCCAUUGUUUUGGGAUUAUAAGCUUAAUCUGAUUGGUGAAAAAGACGAAACUCCUGUCCAUUUUUGUGACAAGUGUGGUCUUCCCAUUAAGACCUAUGGACGCAUGAUUCCAUGUAAACAUGUUUUCUGCUAUGAAUGUGCACUACUUCAUGAGAGGAAAGGUGAUAAAAUGUGUCCAGGUUUGACGAUGUACAGCUGUACAGACCCAGUUCAGCGGAUUGAGCAGUGCCAGCGUGGUUCUCUCUUCAUGUGCAGCAUCGUUCAGGGCUGUAAACGCACCUACCUCUCGCAGAGAGACUUGCAGGCCCACAUCAACCACCGCCACAUGAGGGUGAGCAAGACUUCAGCAGGCCGCUCUGACCCUCACCACCUUCCAAGCUCGGAAGUUUCAGACCGUUUCCGUGUGCCUCCCAGUCACAUGCCCAAACCCCAUGUGCACAUCCCUCCACCUCUGCCACAUGCCACUCAUGACCCCUACGCUCAGCCACCUCCUCCCUCUCACGAUGACCUCCGUCCCCCUCCUGGCCAGGCUCCUUCAACUGACAUGGGGCCUCCACGCUCUCUUGCUCAAGAGACGUUCCGCAUUACUACAGUGACUACACGGAAGCACAGCAACCUCAUCACCGUUCCCAUUCAGGACGAUUCAGCAAGCUCUUCCUCCCGUGAGCCUGUGAAUGCCCCACCACAUCACCAUCCAGGAGAAUAUCCAGGGCAACCUGUAGUUUCCCAUCCACACCACAUGAUGGCUCCACCUCAACAACGUUACGGGCCUCCACCUCCUCCACCCCCAAUUAGUCAUCCAAUGCAGCAUCCAGCACAGGUCUUCAGCCAAGCCCCUCCUCCACCUUUAUCCUCGGUUCCUCCUCCUAUAACCCCUCCUCCUGGACACCUCAUGAGUCAGUUGCCACCGUACAUGAACCACCCUCCACCUGGCCCUCCUCCUCAACAUGGUGGUCCAGUAAAUGCCCCACCACCUCACCAUUACAAUCCUCAGUUCUCUGAGGAUAAAGGUACCCUUAGCCCACCAUUCAAUCAACCAGGAGGACUGAGUCCUGGGAUGUGGCCUGCUCCCAGAGGACCUCCCCCACCAAGAAUGCAAGGUCCUCCUCCACAGGGACAGAUGCCUGGUCCUCAUCACCCAGACCAGGGCCGAUACAGACCCUAUUACCAGUAGAAUGAUUUUUUUGGUAGUUUUGAACAUUGCUAUCAUAAGUGAGUUUAUGGUAGGGGUUUGAAAGUCUGUAUAGUUGAGUUUGAAUAUAAAAAUGCAUGUCUUUGAAGACUUUGCCGUUAAUUUCUGAUAUUAGAUUAUAUACUGUUAAUUACGGCCAAUUUUUUGGAUUUCAAAAUGUAUUUGGCAAAAUUUAAAAAAAUUGUCGAAUGUGUUGCUUUAUGAAUGUAUUAAUAAUUAAAUACUAAUUAAGGAUUGAUUUUA